AUGGCCAUGCUACCCAACCUACCACUAUUCGGAGGCGACCCAAAAGACUGGCCCAUGUUCAUACAAGCAUUCAAGAGCAUGGUGCACGACGUCUUCACUUCUGACGCCCAACGCCUGGCAAUGCUGCAUUCAAGACUAGAAAAUCGAUUACGAAUAGGGAUGAGCCAAGUACUGACGACGCCGAUGGCUUACCGUGAUGCCCUCCAAGAACUGCAUCGGAAAUACGGACAUCCGCACCUUGUGGUUAGAAGCUACAUACGAAGUCUCAUGGAGCUCCCGUCACUAAGAGAAAGCGAAGAAGUCGACGAGUUUGCGGCAAAAUUGCACGGGGCGGUAACGACGCUCGAAGCAGCUGGAUACGGUCACGAGCUUAAUUCAAGCGUGGCAUUGGCCGAGAUAGUCCAUAAGCUACCACCAUCAAUGAUAACACGCUGGGGAAGAAAAAUGCAUAAACUGCUACCAAAGGUACCUACGCUCCGCGACCUAGAUAUUUGGAUAGAAGAAGAAUUGAUGAGCACCAGAAACGUACGAGACAUGACCCGGCAGCUGAGGCUAAAUCCGAUCCCAGCACCGAAACCACGCCUUGGAAUGUUUCAACCGACGGUGAAUUUCAUUGACCAAAAGCCAACUGAAAAGGAUGCAGAUCAACAUCCCGGAAAUAAUAAAUGUGGCCUGUGUAAAUUAGAACCCGGUCACCGAUUAGCAUUAUGCCCCAAGUUUAUCAGCAUGGAACCUACUCAACGAGCACAAGCUGUAUACGAUCUUAAAAAUUGUUUCCGAUGUUUGGGGAGGAACCACAACAGUAACGAAUGCCGGAAAACAGAUGCGACGUGUGGUGUAGCCAAUUGCGGCCAGCAUCAUCAUACACUGCUUCACGGAGCAGACCGAGUAGCGCGAAAAUGA